GCGCAUGCGCUGCGCAGCCUCGCCCGGAAGCUGAUCCCUGAGUUCCGAGCGCGAACCCGCGAAGAUGAACCCUCUAACUAAGGUGAAGCUGAUCAAUGAGCUGAAUGAACGAGAGGUCCAACUUGGGGUGGCUGAUAAGGUGUCCUGGCACUCGGAAUACAAGGACAGCGCCUGGAUCUUUCUGGGAGGGCUUCCUUAUGAAUUGACUGAAGGGGACAUCAUCUGUGUGUUUUCACAAUAUGGGGAGAUUGUUAACAUUAAUCUUGUGCGAGACAAGAAGACUGGAAAAUCAAAAGGAUUUUGUUUCCUCUGCUAUGAAGACCAGAGGAGCACAAUUCUGGCUGUUGACAAUUUUAAUGGGAUCAAGAUCAAGGGAAGAACUAUCCGUGUGGAUCAUGUAUCUAACUAUCGGGCUCCUAAGGACUCAGAAGAUAUGGAUGAUGUGACCAGAGAGCUCCAGGAGAAGGGCUGUGGAGCUAAUACUCCCUCACCAAGUUCAUCUGAGGACUCUGAAGAUGACAAACCCAUGAAAAAGCCCAAAAAAGAUAAAAAGGAAAAAAAGAAAAGAAAGAAAGACAAAGAGAAGACUGGCCAGGAGGUGCAGGCAGAGCAGGCAGAGCAGCCAUCCUCUUUUUCAUCUCCCAGAAGCAAGAUAAUAACAGUUAAGGAUGAGCCUGGCCCAAAGAGGCACAGCAGCAAGAACUCAGAGCGAGUUCAGAAGUCUGAGUCCAGAGAGGGGAGGAAGCACCACCCAGGCUCCCCUGAGGUCAGGACUUCCUGCCGCGGCAGAGCAGAGGACCCAGAGAGGGAGCUGAAGAAGGACAAACCCAAGCAUGAGCACAUGUCCUCAAGCAGUAGAGAGGCAAGAGAAGACAAGAGGGAUAGGGACAGAGGACGAAGUUCAGACACAUAUUCUGGCCGGCACAGUGGGCGUUCUGAAGGGUGGAGUCACAGAAGUAGAAGUAGGAGCAGAGAUAAAUCCUAUAGGCAUAAAAAGUCCAGGCGCUCCCGUGAGCGGGAAUCCUCCAAUCCCAGUGACCGCAGACAUCACUGAAGCCUAUUC